GCUAUGGAAGGCAUUGAAUACAACCAACGCUUGGAUUGCAAAACAAAUCUUAUCUUUAAUUUAAUUAUUAUUGUUAUAAUUAUUAUGUUUUCAGACAAACAUCUCAUGUGUUUUUGACCAUUUGGUGACCAUUUAGUGACACAAACAAUGGUCUGACCGCUGAGACCAACGAUGAAGAGGUCCACUAAAGGCACGGCUAAUACACGUCUCAUAAGAGAAGUGAUAGAAUUGGCCAAAGAGUUGGAUGGAGUGAUAUCGGGGGCCAAAACACUGAGACAUGUGUUCACUGAGAGUGUCAUUAAGACCAGAGACCGGAUGAAGGAGUUGUGCGAAGACAUCCUCUACUCGUCUCCCAUUGAAUUCGGGCGAAAAGCCGAAGACUUUCUGUGGAAACGAUGUUUUCACGACUUAAUGCUGUUUUACAAACGAAAUAAAAAGAGGAUGUCUUUAUCGGAGAUAUCGUUACUGCAAAUCCAUUUGACGGCAGGACUGGGACUCUACUAUAGCCUUCUGUUAGGCCUUUCAAAGCAGUACUCGAUUGGCAUUCAAAACCUAAUGCCAUACAUAUGUGUUGAGCAAAGUAUUGAAGAGUUUAGCCGCGAAACACAGCCAAACAGCCAUGAAUUGAAUGGUUGGGCCAGAAAUGCAAUCCAUAGAAUCCUGAUAUGUAUGGGAGACUUAGCCCGUUAUCUCUACGAUCUGGAAGCGAUGGGCUAUCGAGAGCUGGCCAUCAGAUUCUAUGAUUUGGCUCUCAUUUGGGAUUUAGACAUAGGAAUGCCUUUUAAUCAAUUGGGAACUCUUUCCGAGUCUAACAAUUAUGGAUUGGAUUCUGUUUACUAUUACAUGCGAUGUCUGACGUGUGAUAAGCCCUUUGAAGGCGCGGAAAAUAAUUUGAGACGAGUUUUUGAAUGCAAUGAAAAACGUUUUAACGAAUUAAGAGAGAGACCAUCGGCUGACGAGAGCUAUAAAGUGGUCGAGCGAUCGAUUCUGUUGUUUCUCAAGUUAUCCAAUGAAUAUUGGUUUAUAAAUCCAUCCGAUAAUCAAUUUAACAAAAAUAUUUUACCGCUUUUACAAGAAAUCCUCCACUCGUUGAACACAUCGUUUAGUUUACAGCCAAAGCUAUCCACUGAACAAAUGCCGACUUAUAUAACACCAAUGACUGCGUUUGAAAUGUCUGUCAUUACUCUAAUGCUUGUCGACCGCAUCCAAGAACUUGAAGAGCGCAAGAACUCGUCGAAUGGCAAUGAAAUGGUUUCGUUGAUUUUGACAUUUUCUUUGAAUUAUCUCAUGUCUGUCGUGGCGUCGAGUCAUCAAAGUAUGAGAAAUAAGUUAGGAUUGGAUUCGUUUAAGUUGACUAAUGGUCUCACAUCCAUGAGUCCGAGUGUGUCCAAAGAGAAUACACCCGAUCUGUCGCCGCGUCGAGUCCUGUCGAGACUGCGAAGACGUAAGGCUGCCAUCAAUUAUGACGAUAAGAAUGCGUUGAGUUUAGACGACGACGAUUCAGAACUCAGCCAAUUAGAAGACACGGCUUUGAGUACAAUUGAUUGCCUCGAGAUUGGAUCAGAUCUGAGUGAUUCCAAUGAGGGCAGCGAUUCUUACGAUAUAAAUGACGUGACGAUCAUUAGUAGCGAUGAGGACAACCCCUAUCCAAACAAACCGAUCGGCACCGGAACCAAGCAUUCGGACGCACCGGUGAUGCCCAUCGAAGAUGUGCUCAAUUAUGUCUUGAAUGACAGUUAUUUGCCAACAAUUAAGGUGUAUUGCGAUUGGUUUCGAUCUAAUCCUAAUAUAUUGGCAUUGAUUUCAAGUCAACUCCAACUCUGUUUCGAGGAAUUUAUUAAUUUUGUCAAUACUUUACUGAAUAUUGAGCACAAAAUUUUACAGUCGUUUCCAAAUCUGUCAGAAUUUAAAUGCUUUGGAGUCCAUUGGGAUCAAAGAUAUCCAUUGACUUCGGAUCUAAGCCUUUCAAACAUCGAAAGCUUGAAGACAUCGUUUAAAACGAUUCAUUUCGAUAGUCAAAGAGUUUUAAAUAACUGCGAAAAAGGCUUUCUCUGUAUUGAAGCCAUUAUAGCGUUCACUCAUUUCAUCAGUGAUUCAAACUAUUGUCCAAAUGUUUAUGGGAUUACUUACGACUCGACCGAAAACCGUUUCUCAUAUAAUAGUUAUUCAAACGGCACUCCAUUUAAUUUCUUCGCCGCCAAUACAUGGACUGAAGACAACUCGAUAUUUGUUUCAUCGAAUCCACUGUCGGUUAAUAAUACGGAAGACAACGAAACGGUUGACGACUCGAAACGACAGAAGAAAUUCAUGCGGAAUAUGGCUCACCUCUGGCUUAGAGCUGAAGUGAAUCAACUCGAAAAGGAUAUCAGUUAUUCCCCGCAAUUACCGCCGUAUAUGGUAUUGGAUUCCAGCGCUUAUUGUCAACACUUGGGUUUCAUUAAAGAGUUGACACAUUCCAAGAGGUUUAUUAUAGUGGUUCCCAAAAUAGUGUUGUCUUCUUUGGACCAAAUGAAGAAGACUAACGCAUUUGCCAGAGAAGCGAUUCGUUGGCUCGAAGAAGAGCUAAGACACGGGAAUCGAGUGAUCAAAUGCCCAAAAGAUACGGAGAGAAAAAGUUUGUCUCCAAUGAAAUACCCGAAACGCAAAGAGAAAGAGGCUUUCGAUUACUACGAGUUACUCGAGUAUUGCAAUCAUUUGAAUGAAAACACCAAAACUGACCGCAAAUUGAUGAACGGAUUGCCAAUGGUUUCACUUUUGACGCAUUCAUUUGACAAAUUGCCUGCAAAUGCCGAAGCGGUGGCCAAGAGCAUUCAUAUCGAAACCGUCGACUCGUUUAUAACCAAAUGGCAGAACUCAGUCAAAGCUAUUACCUGAACAGAAGGCUUAUUAAAACUGGAUUUCAAAAUUUAAUGAUUGGUCGCAAUCAGGUUUAUGAGUGAAUCGACUUUUAUCAGCAAUAAUUGUGGUAAAAGUGUUCACUAAAACCAUAAACACAAUGAUAUUUCAUACAACAGUUAAUUGCAAUUUAAGAUCAACCAAAAUAAUGGCUGAUUUAUUGGGCAAAACUCAUCGGUAAUGUCGACA